GAGGUCCGCUCGACGCAUUUGAUAUUUCGGAGUCGGCCCUUCUCCUCUUAACUCCUCCCCAUCUUCUCGGACCGACCAACCACCAUGGCCGCGGCGAACAUGUUGCUCAAGCUUUCAGUGCUCCUCAACCUCUUGUCCAGCUCGCACUUGGGACUUUGGCCGAAUCAGAAGCACGCGACGAGGGUGUCCCCGCCGACGUGCGACCGCAUCGAGUGCCCGAGCUUCGACGUCGUGCACGUGGGCGACGGCUACGAGAUCCGGCGCUACAAUUCCACGGUGUGGAUGUCCACUGCUCCCAUCCCCGACAUCUCUCUCGUCGAAGCCACUCGCUCCGGCUUCCGCCAGCUAUUUGACUACAUACAAGGUAAGAACAGCUAUGAAAAACAGAUAGAGAUGACGGCACCAGUGAUCACCGAGGUCUCUCCAAGCGAUGGUCCGUUUUGUGCAUCCUCGUUUGUUGUGAGCUUCUAUGUGCCAAAAGAGAACCAAGCGAACCCGCCCCCAGCAGAAGGCCUCCACGCUCAGAGGUGGAAGCUCAUGUACGUCGCCAUUAGACAGUUCGGAGGAUUCGUCACCGACUCUGAUGUUGCAGUGGAGGCAGCUGCCUUGGAAGCCAGCCUUAGUGGCACUACUUGGGCUAAUGCCAUCCAGAAGAGCCGUGAGAAAGAGAGCAGCACAAGCACUUCGGUUUACACAGUCGCACAGUAUAAUUCUCCGUUCGAGUUCGAGAAUAGAGUGAAUGAGAUAUGGAUGCCGUUCGACAUGGAAGAUGCUUCCUCUAUGUGAAUGAGAGAGCAAAGGAUAGAGAAGUCUCUCUAGUUUUUACAUGUAGUUUAGUUUAUUGGAGAACUUGCACCUUCCUUGCAUGUUUCUUAACCAAGAAUGAAAAACAAAGUAGCUGCCAUGUGAUAUCCUACUUUGAUUUGAUUGUAUCAAGCAUCAUAUAACCUUUUGAGUUCCGGAUAUUUUUAUCUUUUCUCCAAUUGAGGUCAAUGAUUGUCGAGAUGCGAAAUGCAGUCAUUCAUUGC